GGGAGAGCACAGGAGAGAGAGAGACACGCCGGACGGAGACACGCUGGAGAGAGAAACUGAGCGAUCUACCAGAGAGAGGGAGAAUGCGCGGUGUCCGGGUAACGCUUCCACGCUUGUUUCCAGGGCCUUUGUGAAUACACCAUGGGAUGCAUCGGCUCCAGGACACUCACGGCAGACGGUGUGCCGGUCCAGAAGGAUGGGGAGCAGCAUGGACGUUCAGAAUUUUCAUGGGAAGGAAUCAAUCUGUCUAUGGAAGACACCACAUCCAUCUUGCCACGGCUGAAGAGGAACUCAAACGCCUAUGGGAUCGGAGCUCUGGCUAAGUCCUCUCUGACAGGUGUGUCAGGCGUGAGUCGCUCCAUGAAGGAGAGGGUGACGAAGCCCACGGCCAUGGCCCAGGGCCGCGUGGCCCACAUGAUCGAGUGGCAGAACUGGGGCAUGCAGACGGUGGGCGCCGGGGGCGUGCCCAUCCCCCGCAUCACCACCCAGGAGCGGGAGAAUGAGCGGCGGCUGGAGAACGACGCCUACAGCGACCUCAGCGAUGGCGAGAAGGAGGCGAGAUUUGCCGCAGGCAUCCUGCAGCAGUUUGCCAUCUCGCAGGCCACCCUGAUGGCAUGGACGUCCAUGGACGGAGAGAGCCUGCGCUCGGGCUCCAACCAGGGCAGUGUGGCCCACCUGAGCGAGGUCAACCAGGAGAGCAUCACCAGCCGAGACCAGAUACUGCACCACUCCUCGGCAGACGUGUGGCCCCACACCUACGUCUCCCAGGGCCUGUACUGCCUCUCCUCCUCCGACGCCUGGGAGCCAAUCAACAACGAGCCCUCCGGCGUGGCCUCUCCGGCCGCCGGCUCCUACGUCAUGGGCGGCGCGACCGAGGGCUUUGACGGACAGACGGCCUCCCAGUACCUGUCCCAGCAGCAGCAGCCUCAGCAGCAGCAGCCCCAGCCGCAGCCUCAGCCGCAGCCUCAGCCUCAGCAGCAGCAGCCUCAGCAGCAGCAGCCUCAGCAGCAGCAGCUCAGCCUCCAGCAGCAGAGUCAGCUCCAUCAGCUGCAGCAGAUCCAACAGAUCCAGCACUACCAGCACCAGCAGCUCCUGCAGUAUCAGCAGCAGCAGUCCCUGGAGCAGCGGCUGCACAGCGCCAACCACUCGCUACAGGCCACCCCCAACAGCACCAUCCACAGCCUGGCCCCGGCCAGCUACCCGCCGCUGGUGGACCUGUGGAACGGGGCGCAGACCGAGGCCUACCAGGUGGAGGGCGGGAGCUACCUGGGCGUGGCCGCCGUGGUGGAGCCCAGCAUGGGGGUCGUCAUGGGCGACGACGUGAUUGGCACGGAACACUCCCCGCUGCUGGAGCAACAGGAGGAGGAGGAGUUUAAGGAGGAGGAGGUGACCUUAUGCAUCGAGUCAGAGACCGCCACGCUAACUCCCCCCACAAGACCAGGAGACGUCUCCUCCAGCGGCAGUAGUCCGGGGCAACCGCCGGUCGAGCCAAUGACGGAGCGGAAGGCGUCGGACGUCAGCCCCGGCUACGCUCAGACUCUGGAGGAGAAGAGCGACGGGCAGCAGGAGGGCUCCUCCCCCUCCAUGUCCGCUAACUGAGUACCGCGCUGCUCUGGGGGAAGGGGGGGGGACUCUAACGGACUGACCCGAACGGACUGACCCGAACGGACUGACCCGGGCGUCAGAAAGGGAAGGAGCGCCAUGACUCAAUACAUAUUCCCAUCAUCCAUCGGCUCCUUUUCAGGGCUCAUCAACACGCGCUGAUCUUUUUGGGGGGUUGUUGUUGUUGUUGUUUUUCCUAAUUUCCUGGCCACUCAGACUAACGCUGUCACCGUGGCGAGGUGGUGAGGUGGCCUCCUAGGGAUCACCGAGGAUGCAACCUAGGACACAAGGAGUCUUCAUAAAGCCUUACAUCCUGUAGGUCACAUAGGAGACUAAGGGAGGGAGGGGGGAGAUAGAGA